AUCAACCGAGAUGGAGACUGCUCAGGAACGCAAGCCAAAGAGACCUCACUACAUUCCCCGGCCGCCAGGCAAGCCCUUCAAGUACCAGUGCUUCCAGUGUCCUUUCACCUGCAAUGAAAAGUCCCAUCUCUUCAACCACAUGAAAUACAACUUGUGUAAAAACUCUAUCUCCCUGAUGUCCCAGAAGACUGGGCCAACAGCUCGACAGGUCAAAGCUGUGGCAAAGGGAACCUCGGACACCUCCAAGGAUUGUCCGAGCCCCGAGGCCGUGGAAGAGGGUCCGGACGACAGUCCUCAGGACCAGGAGGCCGAGGAGGACACAGCCGAGUGCAGAGAAGACACAGAAGACGUAGACGUAGGGUGUGACAGUCCAGUGAAUAAGGACGUCCAGAAUGUGACAGCACCACAUACAGUUACAGAGAGAGAGGACAGGGAGAGCAAUGAAGCACCAUCCCUGCCACGCCCAUCCGCCUUCUACCCCGUCACACCCAACCGGGAUGGAUCCGACACCUUCAAGUCGUCUGUGCAGCAGUCAGAGGAUUCACAAACCCCGGCUCCCGCUUUCAGCCACCCAGCCUUCUCAUGGGGCCCGAUUCCCUCGUCCGGCCCCUUAAAGCCAUUAGCCCCUCCCAUGGUUCCUGAAUACCCGACUUACCUCCUGCCCGACCGCCCCCUGUACCCGUCCUACUACCUCCCAGGGAACCACCAUGCAAACGAGCCCAACUCUUCUUCUUUCCAGCCAGACUUGAUGGACCCACAGAGGCCGCUGAUGCCACAACCCAUUGCCCCACCUCACGCUUCCCUUUUCCCUACAUACGCAUACAGGUACUGCCACCCUCUGCACCCGCCCCCCCCUAUGCACUAUACCCUGUACAGGCCACAUGAGCUCUCCAUGCCAUUUACAGGACCCAGAUACAUCCCUUUGUACGACCAAACCCUGAGGCCCAAGGAUUACGAGUUAUACAUGCACUCACAUCCCAGACACAAUGGUCUCAACACAUCUGCUCAAGAGCAGAGCAGCCAUGUGCAAAGUGGAGACAAGGCCACCAGGCUCAGCCCCAAAGAGGGUUGUUCUGCUUUGGGGUCCCCGGACAGACCCCACCAUGCACACAGCCUCCAGAGAGACACAGAGCCCCUGCAGUACACCAGCAUGGGCGACUCUCAGACCACGUCCCAACUCGUCCACACAGCCGUCCCCACGCAGGACAUCACGUCUGACCUGAGACAAGAGUCUGCUGAGAGCCUGCUGCAUUUAAGACUUCAGCCUGUGGACAGAGGGUCGGCAGAGAUCUGCAGCUAUUCCUCCACUUCUGUCUCUGAGCCAUGUCCACAAACUAAGUCAGAACAAGACCUGGCUCCCCUCAACCUCUCAACGAGAAAACAGGACACAGACGACAGCCCAUCUGACCACAGACUGAGGUGUUCAGACACAGAGAAACUAAGGGAGGAUGAUUUGCCUCUGAACCUCAGCAUUCGAGAUUGUCACAGCAGCCCUGAACAUCUCCAGCGGACGCCAGACGAUGAGCUGGAUGAGGAGACGUUUGACGGGAGGCAGACGGCAGCGCUGGCUCUCUGUCAGCUCUCCAUUGCGAGCUCUGCUGUCUCCUCAUGUGACUUCAGCUCUGCAGUCAGGCCCUCAGAAUACAACAUGGAGGCUAGAAGUCCUGGAUCUCCAGAGAAGACGAAGCUCAAGACAAUUGGCAAGAAGAGAGCAAAGAGUGUCAGGGCUGAAAACAGCUGCCAUAAACCCAACAAGCGAGCAAAGGUUCCAGGACGGGUUCUGAGGAGGAGGCAUCGCUGA